AAGACUAGCGGGAGAGAGUCUGGGGACGCGGCUAGCUAAACCGUCCAUUUUCUCAUCUGCUCUUGCUGUGCAACCGUUCUUCUCACCUCAAUUAUCAACUCACCGUCAACUUGAGAUAAUAGAGAGCGUACUCGACGAGCAGACGGAAGCCGAGCGUCACUUCGCGGCGAAGAAGGAACAAGAGAAGCACGACCGAGCGUUCGCACUGAGUCUCUCGAUGCAAGACUUCGAACACGACCCACCGCAAACCGCCAGAGACGAAAAACAGGACGAGAGCGGCUCAUCCGCUGGUGAUUGGCUACAUGAUGGCAUCAAACCGCGCAUAGCAACCGACUGUCUCGUCACAGAUGGCUCGGAUUUUAGUGAGCGGGGAAAGAGGCGCUCUCUACCGAGCCGUCUGAGCGAGUCGGAGCCGCCGCGGAAGCUCGUGAAAGGGAAACGGCGUCAAGAUAGCGGCGACGUUCAUAUUAGAUUAAGUGACCAAGCAAAACAAGCACAGCAAAUGCAGCAAGACUGGGCUCUAGCCCGUCAGCAAGCAGCACUUGAUAGUCCAGUCACCACUAAGGCAACACCACGAAGACUCGCUCACAGACACAGACGACAACGACUAGAAAACGACUCGGAAGACAUCGAAAUGAUGGAAAUGAAAACAUCCGAUCCAAUCCCUCAAUAUCCCUCUCACUGGACAUGGGAUAGUCCAAUCACCACUAAGGCAACACCACGAAGACUCGCUCACAGACACAGACGACAACGACUAGAAAACGACUCGGAAGACGUCGAAAUGAUGGAAAUGGAAACAUCCGAUCCAAUCCCUCAAUAUCCCUCUCACUGGACAUGGUCCUCGUCCUCAGAGUGUCCUCCCGAGCUACCCAGAAGAUAUCAUCUCAUUGUAUUACAUUCUGGACCCGAAUUUGACGAAGUCAGUAAACCAUUGAGAGACGUUGGUCUGCAACCAAAGUGUGUCAAGAGAGUACAGAAUCUCUUGUUGUAUAAACGGCUGCAGCUGGAACGAAAGCUGAUGGAGGAGAGUCACCCGGCCGGUUGGAACGUCAACGAGCGGAGCUUAUUUCAUGUUACGUCCGUCGAACAGGAAGUGAUCGCAGAUGAGGGACUGGAUCUACGGCUAAGUAGACAGGGACUGUUUGGAACUGGCAUUUAUUUCAGUGAUAACCCGCAGAAAUGUAAUCGUUAUUGGAAACGGCGGGGGCAGAGAUUUAUGGUUCAAUGUAAAGUGUUGUUAGGAGACAUUAAGGAAUAUCCGAGAGGGCACAUGGACUCUUCACUACGGAGAGAGCCAUUGAAGGAACACAUUGCUAUUGGAGACACUAAAACAUAUGACUCUGUACAAGGCAACAUAUCUGGUGAGAACGAGUACAUUCUCUACAACCAAUACAGGACAAUGCCAGAAUACAUCAUCGAGUACAAUGUGUCAUGCAACUGCCAAGCUUCUUCAGGCCUCAUUCCUAUCCCAUUUUCUCCAUUUUUCCAAUUUCCCUUCAAUACUCCAACCGCCAUGAAGCAACCCACUCAAUUUCGACUCACUCAUUCACAUCUUCCCGUUACCCUACCAUCAACUCAACAGCCAAAACAAUUAGCAACAAACGUCGUGCACCAACCUUCGACUCUGACUUUUCCUAAUCAAGCUCACCAACUUCCAUGUGUUCAAAAUCAAAUGCCACUGAUGCCGGCCGCUGUAACUCAGUCAAGACCCUUGACAUCCGAGUCGUUGUCGAGUGUGUACAGAGCGUCUCUAGAGAAGAACCGACAACUUGUAAAGCAGUUUGUAGAUAUCACUGAAGCAAAGUCGGUGGCACAAACGGUACAGUUUCUUAUAUUGGCCAAGGGAGACCUCAAUGAGGCCGUGGCGGCUUACCUCGAUGCGCGCGACUGCGGAAAAUUGCUUUGAAUACGGUGUUGUGUAGGUACGUAGUGUAUGAAACGAUAAUUGUAUUUGGCAGUGCAAACUGUUGUACGACGUUUGGUUUUUUUGUUGUUGACGUUUUACGUAAGUAUGACUGUUGUGUUUGUUGUGUGGCUUUAUAUUGUUGGAUAGACUCGCUAACGUAGCUUGUAUUA